UGUGAGAUGAGAGAGAGAGGAUGAAGAUGAAAGAGAAAAAAACAAGGGUAUUUUUCUUCUAUUUUUUUCUUUUUUUUCUUGGGUGGUCGAGCCGAGCCGUUUGCAGGCUUGUCGCGUUCACACUACAUAAAAUAAAUGCGCGCGUGGGAUUAAAAAAGAAUGCUGAGAAUAAAUGCUUUUUUCCCUCUUUUUUUCUCGCGCACAAUAUAUUUAAGCAUUUAAGGGAGGUAAACGUUUUUUCUACUCUUAUUUUUUUUUCCUUUGAAUUUUAGAUUUUUUUCUUAAAAUCAAAUUUUUAAAAAACAACACCCCUUCAAACUCCUUUCCUUUUUUUGUUUACAUUACCUUUUAUACAUAUAUUUUUCCACUUCAAUCAACCAUUUAAACACUCAAUCAAACCCAGUUUUUUUAUAAUUAAAAAUAAUAUGGCUACGAACAAUAUUGGCACCUCCAACACAAUAGGUUCAAACACAGUAGCCAGUGCUAAUUCAGCUGACGGCUGUGGCCCUGUGGUCACUCCGAUACAGCAAGCGGCAAAACUGGUUGAGAGCAACAUACAAUCCGACAGCAAGUUUCCGGCGCUUUCGGAGCUUUUGCAGGGUUCGUCAUCCGGCGACUACGAGACGCCGCUCCCGGCAGACUGGCAGAUCGUCGGCAAGCAGCGGCUGAUUCCGCUGCCGGAUGCGCUGUUUGAGCAGUACGACCUCCUGGAGUGCCGGUGCUUCAUGGGGCUGUUCCCGAGAUCCAGCGCGCUGGACCACCGGCUCUUCCUGUGGAACUACCAGGACGAAACAGACUUCUACUCGUUCGAGGACCAGGAUCAGAUCAUCGUCAGCGUGGCACUGGUGCGGCCGCGCAAGGGCGUCUUUGUCGACACUAUCGAGCACGUUUUGGUCGUAGCCACGCCGCUCGAGGUGUUCCUGCUGGGCGUCGGGUACUCGGCGGCAGGCAGCAAGGGCGGCAGCGUGACGCUGUACGCCACGCAGAUCAGCCAUCGUGGGCACGGCGACGGCCGCGUGUUUAUGGGCGGCAACGACGGCGCGCUGUACGAGUUCGCGUACCAGGCGGAGGAUGGCUGGCUCAGCAAAAAGGCGCGCAAGAUCAACCUGACGGCCACCUUGGCGUCGUACUUCAUCCCAACAUUCCUCGGGCGUCUGGCUAUGGCGGCCGACGCACAGCGCCAGCUGUUGUACGUGCUGGCGCAGGACGCGUCAAUCCGCGUCUAUUGGCUGGGCGCGCACGGCAGCGAAUUCCACCUGGCACACCACCACCGCACCGUGGCCAACGCAGCAGCGCUGCUGUGCCCGCAGUUCAACGAGGCACCCGACAGCUUUGCACUUGUGUCGAUCCAUGUCCUGGUGGCCAUCACAGGCGGCGGCGCGCGCCUGUACUUCUCGACAGAGCGACGCAUGCAGCGGUUUUAUGACGCGCCGUCGGUCCAGCACCAGCAGCAGCAGCCCGAGGUGUUUGAGCUCGUGCACGUGCGGCUGCCGCCCGACACACAACCGGCGCUGGGCCGCAUGCUGCCGAACGCUGCGCGCCCCAGCCUGCGCGUGCACACGGCGUUCUACGCGGCGGGCACGGUGCUGCUGGCGCACACGUGGAGCGAGGACCACGACUCUAUCCUGGCCGCCGCCCCGGCGUGCGCGCCGAUCCUGGCGCGGAUGGCCAGACAGCCGCGCGCCUCGCUGACUGAGUACUCGUCAGCGUCGCGCAUCGAGGGCCGCACCAUUGUCGAAAAGCAGCGGCCCGUCGACAUGUUCCGCCAGCUGCUGUGCUCGCCGCAGCAGCUGGACGUGCGCGACUUCGUCACUGCUUAUGGGCUCGUCGAAACGUGCGCCAUGUGUCUGACGCUGCUGUGCUCAGAGAGCGCCGCCGCCGGUGGGCUGCAGAUGGACGUGGCGGCGGGGGCGCGCAGGUUCUUCUUUGAGCUCGGCGGCGUGCCGCACCGGGCAGGCGACAGUGCUGGCGCGUUCGGUGCGUUCGAGCAGCGCAUUGUGCUGAGCGGGCGGCACGACGGGCUGGCGCUGUUCCUAGCCAGGGCGCUGCACCCGCUGUGGACGCAGCCGGCAACGGUGCUGAAGAAGGACCAACAGGGCGGUGCGCGGCUGCACGUGGGUGUUGGCUCGGCGCUGCUGAUGGACGUGCAGGACCGGCUGCGGCGGCUGCAGCACUUUAUCAACAACAACCAGCGCUUUGUGCCCGACCAAAUCAACCAGAUGCCCGUUGGGUCUUCUUCAGCCUCGGGAGGCGACACGGCGGCCGAGUGCUGGCGCGCAGAGGCCGUGUCGCUUGGCGCACUGUACGAGCUCGUUGUGCGCUCGGUCGAGGCCAUCUCGUUCCUGCUACUCAUGUCCGACUUUAACCUGCCGGCGAUCACAGGUGGCCUGCCGGCUGCGUCCGCGCAGGCGCAGAGGCUGCCGCAGCUGGCGAUGCCGUUCAACCAGUUGGUGUGCACAACCGAGGGCCAGCAGUCGUGCCGCGACCUGAUUCUCACGCUGAUCAGCUCUCAGCUGCGCCAGAACAUUACCAUCGACAGCAUUAGCGACCGCUGUGCGUCACUGUUCUCCUCUGCGCAUGUUGCUUUGUACAAGGCGCUGGAGUCGCUUAAGCUGGCCAAGGAGACGCAGGAGGGGUCGCAGGUGGCGGAUCUGUGCGCCGACGCGCUGCAUCUUUUGGUGCCGAUUGCCGGGUCGCUUGGCGUCGACCAGCUGGGUGAGAUUUGCGGGACGCUGGAGGCCCUCGGCCAGUACACUGCGCUGGUGUCGCUGGCGCUGGCAUGCGCUGAGCAGAGCGACCCAAGGGACGACGCCGUGGCAUUCUGGCAGGACGGGGCGCCCGCCGGGGAUGCGCGCGAGGCGACGUAUGCUAAGCGCAUGGCCUGCUACCGCUGCAUCAUCGAUAUGCUGGCGAAACACCCGAGCAUAUCCUUGCCAGCGGGCGGAGUCGAUGGGCUGUUUCAGUUCGCGCUGUUUGAUUGGCUGUUGGAGACCGACCGCGUCUCGGUUCUUUUCCAAAUGAACCCGAUGUUUGUCGAGCAGUAUCUCUUGGUGGAGCCGCAGUCUGUAGAGAAGGGCGAUAUGCUGUGGCACUUUUAUAUCCACCAGGGCCGGUUCGGGAGAGCCGCAGUGGUGCAGCGGCAUAUGGCGGCGGUUAUGGAUUUGUCGCUGGAGAAGCGCCUGGAAUACUUGUCCUUGUCGAUCAGUAAUGCCAAGAUUGCGCUGGACCGCGGAAACACCAGUGGCGAUGCGGACCAGGAGGCGGCGGCGGCAGAGGAUGAGGGCUUGGCAGCAGUGCUGCGGGACACGGAGGAUCAACUAGAAGUCGCCCAGGUGCAGCUAGAGAUCCAGCAGCAGCUGCGCACCAGCACAUACUCUGUGCCAGUGCAGGCGCUUAACGACAAACUCUAUACGCUCUCUGAGCUCUACGAGGAGUUUGCGCAGCCGCAUAAAAUGUACGAAGCGAUCCUGUACAUACUCAAGGCAGCCAACCAUGACGAUGCGGAGCUGGUGCAGGGUACAUGGCAGGUGAUUCUGCGCACGGCUGCGGAUGGGUCUCCGGCAGGGUUAUUGGCGGCAGCGUCGAAGGUGUAUCCGUCGGCAGCGGCGUUCCCCGUGGCGGUUGUGGCGCGGUUACUUGUUGAUCUCAGCGUGGAGCGCCAGGGUGAGUAUUCCCGAGGAUUUGUCUCGGAUUGUUUGCUGAAGGCGUUGGUGCCGCAUUGGGCGGUAUUUGAUGCAUUACAGACGGUGUUUGCUACAGUCGCGGCUGCUAAGGAGGAAGGCCUCGUGGUAGAGUUGGUUGUUGGUGAAAUUGCCUGGUGUGUGGGUGAUUGGAUCAAGGGGUUGCAAGGAAACGAUAUUGGCGGGAUGCCGCUGGUGGCUGUAGAUGAGGCCCUGAGCCAGCAUAUUGUUAAUGCUCAGUUGCGGAAUCAAACACAGAUUAAACAGGAACUGCAAUUGGUUCAAGAAUCUCUGAGACAAAUGUUUUAACAAAAUUUUUUCUUUGAAUUGAAUUAAUAACAUUUAUUUAUUUAUUU